AUGGUGUUCAGAAUUACUACCUGGAAUGGAAUCCCUUUGGGUAUCAGCCAUGGCGAGAGAAGCGCCAUGUUUGACAUUCUCGAGGCCGACAUUGUAGUUAUGCAAGAGACCAAGAUCCAGCGCAAGGACUUGCAAGACGACAUGGUUCUUGUCCCAGGCUGGGAUGUGUAUUUCAGUCUCCCCCAGCACAAAAAAGGCUACUCCGGAGUUGCCAUUUACACCAGGAAUGCGACGUGCGCACCGGUUCUUGCGGAAGAAGGCGUAUUGGGAAUACUUUGCCCGCCAAAAAGCAACACACCGUAUCGAGAACUACCCGAGGAUCAGCGAAUUGGUGGAUACCCAACGUCGAACCAGCUGAGUGGGAAUGUAGAUGAAGCAUUGCUCGAUUCGGAAGGACGAUGCGUUGUUCUAGAGUUUCCCGCCUUUGUGCUGUUUGGAGUUUACAGCCCUGCUAACCGUGAUGAGUCACGGAUCGAAUUUAGACAAAGCUUUGUGGAGGCUUUGGAUGCCCGGAUACGAAACCUCAUUACCGCAGGCAAACAGGUGAUUCUCACGGGAGAUUUGAACAUUGUUCGCAGUGAACUGGACAGCUCCAAUGUCGCUGAAGGUCUCAUCAAAGAGGGAAUGACAAUGGACGAAUGGCAGUCGUUGCCAGCGCGACGGAUAUUCAACCAACUAGUGUUUGAAGGAACCGUCAUUGGCGACCGAGACACGGGCCGUGAACAUGCUGUUUUGUGGGAUAUAUGCCGCUGCUUUCAUCCGAGACGGGUAGGUAUGCACACAUGCUGGGAUACAAAGAGAAACACUCGGCCUGCCAAUGUGGGUAGCCGAAUCGAUUACAUCUUGUGCAGCGAUGGGAUCAAAGACUGGAUCGUGGACUCGAAUAUCCAAGAAGGGUUGAUGGGGUCAGAUCACUGCCCCGUAUAUGCAACGAUGAGCGACAAGGUUACAAAGAACGGCACGGAAAUGACUCUGGCAGAAGCUAUGAAUCCCAGCAACAUGUUUGAAACUGGGCGGAGGGUGCGGGACUGGGAACAACGGGACGCGCUGCGCCUCUCAGCCAAGCUGAUUCCGGAGUUUGAUCGUCGUCGAAAUAUACGGGAAAUGUUUACCAGCAAGGCGUCACAGACCUUGCUGCAUCCUGAGAAAAUUGGUGGACAGUCGUUGCAAAUACGAAACGCGGAUAUGGCUGCCUACACAGCGCGGAACUCGGGCACGACUGCAAGCAGUGGCGCAGAGAGCACAAACUGUUUUGAGGCCGCAGCACCGCUGGUAUCGGUAGGGGGUACGAAUAACGUGAAUCUGCAGCGGGGAAGCCAAACCAAGAAGAGACGUCCCGACGGGCCAGCUCAAGCGGCACUCCCGACAAACAAGAGAGGCAAAAACUCCCGCGACACUAAGACAAAGACUGGACAAACAACACUGCAAGGAUUUUUCAAGCCCAAGACUGUUGCUUCUCUUGAGAAUAAUUCUGUGACAUCGGUGGCUGAGCAGGUUCCUGCAGGCAGUGGGCGAGUGCCUGUACGGGCGCAGGAGGCACCUCUAGCCAACGGGGGACUUUCUCCGGCAAAGGUUUUUGACCCAAUUGAAGCGAAAGACUCGUGGUCAAAGCUGCUUGGCAAGCGAGUGGUUCCGAAAUGCGAGCACGAUGAACCGUGCAUUAGCUUGGUGACAAAAAAACCGGGUGUCAACUGUGUGUUGGCCGGAGAGGCUGUUGAUCAACGACGUUCGUUUUACAUUUGUCCUCGGCCGCUGGGGCCAUCGGGUGACAAGGAACGAGACACUGAGUGGCGAUGCGGAACGUUUAUCUGGAGCAGCGACUGGACAGCGCCGCCUCACUGA